CAGGAUUUUUGGUAUCUUUGCUUUUAAGAACACAUCCAACUGUCAAACAAACCCUUUUUUUCUUAUAUGAGGGCUUUGAGCUAAUAAAGUGAAUAGACUUCUUGAACAAAAUCAUUGGCUUCUUCCAAUUACAAAGGCUAGUUUGGGUUUUGCUAUUUCUUCACUUCUCUGAGAUCAAGUCUGGGUUUUUGCCCAUUUCUCCCAUUGAAACCCUCUGCAUUUUAAGAACUUGAAAGAUUGGAUCUUUUUGCCAGUUCAAUUUCAAGAAAACUGAGACCUCUAAAUUUUUAUGGGUUUGAGUGAUGUGAUCGCGGCCGGCCGGACAGACAUGGAUUUGGAGUUCGACAAGUAUUGCGUGUUGGACGGGACUCCGAGUCCGACGACCGUUCUUCCGGCGGUUCCUCCGCGCCGCCGUGCGAAGCUCGAGAAGAGGAUUUCCAGGGGGAAAUACAAGUCCGGGGAUCUGUGCCUCUCCGGGUUGAUCAUUGACGAUAUCGACGCCGAUUCAUUGAGUCGCCGGCGAUCCAAUAUGUGUUCCCCGGAAACCAGCAGCAGGGCGAAGAUUGAGUUCUCCCGCGACAGCGUCGCCGCUACCUCGUCGGGAAUCAUGGACGCAUUGUGUUGUAGUUCAGACGACGACGGCGGCGGCGAGGAGGAGGAGAAUCGGUGCUCCUCCUCGAGUUCCGGGUUUUGUGCGAGGAGAUCCAGUCAAAUCCUCCAUCCCGAUCUUUUCAACUUCCCGAUCGAUGACAUCAUCAGCAGCCCAAAGACGGCGGCGGCGGCCAAGUCAGGCCCAAUAAAACGGAUGUUCGGUAAAAAAAUCAAAUCUCCGAGGAGCAGCCCGUUGGGGAAUCCAGUCGAAUCCGUUCCCGGCGGCACUCCCCGACCAUCGGCAAUUUGUCUCCGACAAGGCGGCGGCGCCGUCCUCAGGCUGGAAAGGAAACACCUCGGCGGGCCUGCUUUAUUCGAGUUCUCACCAGCCGGCGACGACGUCGUUUUUGUGGCAGAGGAGACGCGGAAUGCGAAGAACACGACGGCAUUUGAAUUCCGUUCUCUGCAUAAAAGUAACACAAAGAGAGACGCCGUUGAAAACCUGUACGGAUCCAAGGAGUGGUUGCCGCCCCCGCCGCCGUCUAAUCUCAUCGGACAAAUGCAGAUGUCCUGUUACGACUCCAGAGUGAUGGAAUUUGUGAUGUACGACACGGCGGCGCAUCAUGUGGCACGGCGGCCGGAGCAUGAAACGGCGGCCAUGGUUAUAGAAAUCCCUGAAGGCGAAGGUGAUAAGUUGAGGCCGGUGAAGAUGAGUGUGGUGAUGCCUUCCGGCCGACACGGUUUGCCGGCGGCCCAAAGCCCGGGACCAAGUCCGCUGCUGGAGAGGUGGCGGUCCGGUGGAGGGUGUGAUUGUGGUGGGUGGGACGUGGCGUGCCAGCUCAGCGUGCUUGAGAAUUCAAGUGUCCACGUCAUCAGCAAUGGCAAUCAAAUGCCAUUUCAACUUUUCAUUAAGGGAAAGAAAGAGGAGCCAGUAGCAUUGACAAUGAUACCGAUUGAGGAUGGGCAACAAUAUGGGGUCAAUUUCGACCAUGAGUUAUCGACAUUGCAAGCUUUCUCCAUUUGUGUUGCCCUUUUACAUGCCAAGGAAGCCUCGGUUGCGGUGGAACGAAAUAGAGAGGCAAGAGCCUUGCAACGAAGAAUAUUUGGCAAGGACGACUUCGGUAGUUUGAUAAGACAACAACAAGAGAAGAUGAGCGGGAACAAAAUGAUUGACCAAACUUUUCCCUAUUUUGUUCUCAACCCUCUCUUCUCUCCGAUUGCUCGGAUUUAGAGUUCCCCAAAUUAGUUCGUGUGUGGCUCGUUUGUCUUCCAACAAGUUCAGGACACAGAACGCCGAAAAUUUAGCGGCAUUCUGAGAGUGACGUGCUGAAAGACAAACACGCCCUUUAGGUUUUACUUUUGGGGUGAAAUCUUGAAGAAAAAAGUGGAAUGGUGUUCAUAGAAUUUACUCCGUAGUUGGUAGGCUUGUGAUGGGGUGGGGGGUAUUAAUUUCAUUAUUUAGAGAAAAAUGUAGCUUUCUUAUUAGCUUUUAUAUACCAUUACAAAAGUGAGAGUAAAGAAGGGAACUUCUA